AUGGGCCCCUCCCCCCCCAUAACCUGCGCCAGCCCCUACCGCUUUGGCCUCACGCGGCCUUUAUCCCUCAGGGGCCCCCUGGCCGCAGAUCUGCACCAAAGUGUGGAGUUGGUGCGGCUGCUGCGGGCCGCUGGGGCCUACGAGACAGCCGCGGGGGCCCUUUCGAAGCAAAGAGUCUUAGCAGCUCUUAAUGGACUUGUUGCAGAAUGGAUCUUUGAAAGCGGAUUAGCCCAAGGACUGGAGCCGGAGGAGGCGCGGGCGGCGGGCGGGAAGAUCUUCACGUUUGGCUCUUACCGUUUGGGUGUAUGUACACCCGGGAGCGACGUGGACGCUUUGUGUGUAUGUCCACGCCACGUUUCCAGAGAGAACUUCUUCACAGUUUUCGCCUCAAAACUCUCCCAAGACCCCCGCGCGAGUCAAAUUACUCCAAUUCCCGAGGCCUACACUCCUGUCUUGAAGUUUACCUUCCUUUCGACCUCCAUAGACCUUCUUUUCGCGCGACUUCCCCUCAAAACUGUCCCCCAGAACUGGGUGGGGCUGCAUGCAGACUGGCUGCUGCUGCAUGCAGACGAGCGCACAGCCAGGAGUCUCAACGGCAGCAGAGUCGCGGACCAAAUUCUGCAGCUCGUGCCGAAUAUAAAGUCUUUUAAAACGGCGCUUCGAUUUGUGAGGCUUUGGGCUGCUGCCAGGGGCGUUUAUAGCAACGUUUGUGGCUAUUUAGGAGGCAUUAGUUGGGCCAUUUUGACCGCCAGGUGCUGCCAACUCUUCCCCAACUUGCCCCCUUCUCAGCUCGUCCAGAAGUUCUUCAAACUCUUCACGCAGUGGACUUGGAACAAAAGCCCCGUUUGCCUCUGCAAAAUCACAGAGUACACUCACCACGAAAAGGGGCUCGAGGGGCUCGCAGCUUUUAAAGUCUGGAACCCUAACCUCUACCCGCAGGACCGGCACCACUUGCUGAAGAUCAUAACUCCUGCGUUUCCGGCAAUGAACUCAACUCAUAAUGUUUCGCAUUCGACGAAGAGAGUAAUAGCUGAGGAGUUGGAAGCAGCAGCAAAGCAGUUUGCUGCUUGGGACGAAGCAGCAGCAGCAGCAGCAGCAGCACCUGCUGCUGCAGCAGCAACUGCAGCAGCACCUUCGCUUCAGUCCUGGCGAGAAUUGCUGCUGCGCGUUUUGGCCCCCAUCGAUUACCUUUCCCUUUUCUCCCACUUUCUGCAGCUGCAAAUCCUAGCAAAGUCAGAGGCGGUACACCGCAAGUGGCAGGGCUGGGUGGAGUCGAAAGUCCGGCAUUUGGUGAAGGCCCUCGAGCGGCUGUCUUUCAGCAGCAGCAGCAGCAGCAGCAGCAGCAGCAGCAGCAGCCUCAACAUGCUCAUCAGGCCUCUUCCCAACGUCUUCCCCUUUCAGGACCCGGAAUGGCCCGAAAGCUCUUCAAUGCUUAUUGCCCUCAAAUUCGCGAGCCCAAAGGCGGGCGAGGCCGUCUGUGAUCUCAGGCCGGCAAUUGCAGAAUUCGUGGAGCUGAUAAACGGCUGGCCGGAGCGGGCGAAGCUGGCGGGCUCCAUUCAGCUGCGGGUGCGGCACAUUCGGAAGUCUGCGUUGGGGCCCGAAAUCCAGCAGGCGCUGCAGGAGCCUGUGAGUAAGCACCGGCGGCUGGAGCAGCAGCUGGCAGCAGCAGCAGCAGCAGCGCCAGCAGCAGCAGCAGCAGCAGCAGCAGCGGCGGCCGACGCCGCAGACGUGCUGCCGCUGGACACCCCAGUCAGCGACGGGCUCACUCCCCAGCUGCAGCAGCAGCAGCAGCAGCAGCAGCAGCACAGCGCCAAGAGGAAGGCUGCUGAGCUGGACAACCAUGUAGCAGCAGCAGCAGCACAAAGGCAGAAGCAGUACUAG